CCACUUGUUCUCUAAUGUCUAGAUUUGAGUAGAGAUAAGAGAGAAAGGCAUGAAGGAGCCAAAAUCUGCAGGCCCGGAACUAGUAAUCAAACCAGACAAAGCAAAUGGCAGCCACAAGAUUGAAUAUGCCACCGAGCGACCAGGAUGUGGAGCGUCUCAAGAUGACAAGGGGGGACCUGGCAAGGGGAGGCAAGAGCAAUGGGAAGCCCAGUGGCAGCAGUUCCUGAAGACCCUGGAGUCCCUUCACCCAGAAGGGGGCAGCCCCCCAGAGACGCCUGAGUCUGCCCCCUGGGAAGACGCCAAGGCCUUCCUGGCCUCCUUUGAGCAAGUGGCCAAAGCCUGCCGCUGGCCCAGAGGAGAGUGGGCAGCCCGGCUCCUGCCUGCGCUGAGUGGGGAAGCAGACGAGGCCUUCCGGAGCCUGGAAGCCAGGGACAGAGAGGAUUAUGGGAAGGUGAAGGCAGCCAUCUUGCGAGGGGCUGCCCUGAGGACGGAGGCUGAGCGCCAACACUUCCGGCACUUCUGCUGCCAACAGGUGGAAGACCCCCGGAGGAUCCACCUGCAGCUGCAGGAUCUCUGCCACCGAUGGCUGAAGCCGGAGAGACGCAGCAAGGAGCAGAUCCUGGAGCUGCUAGUCCUGGAGCAAUUCCUGGCCAGCCUCCCGCCAGAGCUGCAGAACUGGAUCAGAGCAGGAGGACCAGAGUCAUGUUCGCAGGCGGUGGCCCUGGCAGAGGAGUUCCUGAUGGCCAGCCAGCAAGACUUGGCUGAGGCUGAAGAGUGGCAGGUGAGGGGACCGAUGGCUCUCAAGGAAACAGGAGUCCCGUUGCAGAUCGUCAAGCUGAGCGUGACACAGCCAGGCCCACAGACCCUGGUCUGGGAAGUUCUGAAGCAGCAGGAGGAGGAGGAGGGCAACAGAGAUUUUCUGGGUAAGGAGCUCUCUCCCUCAGGUCCUGGAAAUCCAGUAAACCUUACCUGAUCCGUUUUUGCCUUUUGUAGAAUUGAGAAGAGCUGGAAGACAGGCAGAGGGAGCCUCUAAAAAGCUGCAGCACAAAUAUCUGAAAAGAAGAGAACUUAUUGUUGCUCAGAAGGCAUUAGAAAAAUGGACCAGAUGGACUGUAGCUGAACGGCCUCUUUCCCUUGGGUUCUUCCCUCCUCUC